AUGCUACUUAGUGCAGUUGGAAAGGAUGGAAACAAUCACAUGUACCCGAUAGCAUGGGUAUUUGUCGAGUCUGAGAACGGGAGCUCGUGGACAUGGUUUAUUCAAACAUUGCAAGAAAAGCGGCACCUUGUAGAUGGCAAUGGUUGGGCUAUUGUUUCCGACCAACAAACGGGUUUGCUCGAUGCCAUCCAUGAGUGCUUGCCGCAUGCAGAGCAUAGGACGUGUGCUUGCCACGUACAUGCACACUUUAAAGCAAAGCACAAAUUUGAUAUGGCUGCCAUGUUGUAUUGGGAAGCAGUCUACUCCACCAACGAGGCUGAUUGGAAAGCUGCCACUGCCAAGAUGAAGGAACUUGGAGGGACUGUGUAUGAGGACUUUAUGGCCAUGGAACCAGAGAGUUCCGAGUUCUUAGGAUGUUUGAUGCUAGAGGGAAUCAGGGUGGCUGUGAUGACUCGUUUGGUGAGCAACAAAAGGAAGAUGGGUCACUGUAGAGGGACAUUUAGUCCAGUUGUGAAGAGUAAGCUUGAAAAGCAUAAGGAUGAAGCUAGGCUGUGUACUAGUCGGCCAUCUUCAGCUCACAAACAUGAGGUGCACAUACAUGGGAAAGGGUAUGUUGUUGAUUUGCAGACUGCUACCUGCACAUGUGGAUAUUGGGGACUUUAUGGCAUUCCUUGCUGCCACGCUGCUUCAGCCAUUCGUUCUAUGAUAUUUCAUCCUGAGGCGUAUGUGCAUCGGUACUUUGAAAUGGAUUAUGUGAAAAAUUCAUACAAGUAUCCAAUUCCAGCUUCAGAAGGACCUCAAGCUUGGCUACCAGUGGAAGGGCAUCACAAUAUAGUCCAUUGCACGAGGUGUGGGGGUGAAGGACAUAACAAGAGGAGUUGCACAAAUCCACCGGCACAACAACCAGCUCCCCCGGCUCGUAAAAGGAAGAAACGAGGGGAAAAUAAGGGAGGAGGUGCUGCCCCACAGAAUGCAGCGUCUGCAGCUGACAAUUGGAAAGUUAGAAGAAGGCCUCAUUGUUCUAGAUGUGGGGCAACUAAUCAAAACUCGUGGACUUGUCCGUUGAGGGUUGGAGUUCAGAUUGAAAGCAUGGGCACUUGUAGCAGGCAACAAAUGGAACGGGAAGUGAGGAGGGCAGCACAAGGAAUCAACGUUUACAUUGAUCCUACUUCUGGAAACAUGUAUUCUCGGAUGAGUACUAGAGGCCCACAACAAGGAGGUAGGAGGGAACCAAACGAACCAGAUCAACCACCCAUGAACAGUACUCAACCUCCAUCGACUCAACCCGAGACACAGUAA